AUUCCUUAUCAGUUGUCACGAUAUCACUUUGUUUAAUAAACAAGAAAUUGCUAAAUGACUAUUGAUAUUACAAGGUUUGAUCAGAAGGAAAAUAUUUCUUAUGGUUAAUGGUUCAUUGUUGUUUUAGUAAAUACUAUCAAGGACAUUAGUAGUUAUUGCCAAAAAUUCAAAUUUAUUUACAUAUUAAAUAUGAUAGAAAUAAUGAGAUAUAAGAACAACUUUCAGCCACAUUGGGCUUUAUGAUGGCAAACAAUAAAAAGAAUCAAUCAAAUAACACUAUUCUAGUGAUACAUAGUUUGAUAUCUGGAGCUGUUGCUGGAGCUUUAGCAAAAAGUACUAUAGCACCUUUAGAUAGAACAAAAAUAAAUUUUCAAAUAUCAAAUGCUCCAUAUUCUGCUAAAGCAGCAUUUAAAUUUUUAUCAGAUACAUAUACUAACAAUGGAUUUUUUUCCCUUUGGCGAGGAAAUACAGCUACUAUGACCAGAAUUAUUCCCUAUGCUGCAAUCCAAUUUACUGCUUUUGAACAGUGGCGCAAAGUUUUACAAGUUGAUUCUCUGACCACAAAAAAUAAUGGAAGUCGUAAGUUUUUUUCUGGUUCUUUGGCUGGUGUUACAUCACAAACUUUAACUUAUCCUCUUGAUUUAGCAAGAGCUCGUAUGGCAGUAACUACGAAAAAUGAAUAUAAAUCAUUAGGAGAUGUAUUUAAAAAAACAUACCAUGAAGAGGGUUUAAAAGGUUUUUAUAGAGGAUAUGUUCCUACAAUAUUAGGCAUAAUUCCAUAUGCUGGUACAAGUUUUUUUACGUAUGGUACAUUAAAAUCAUUUGUUAAAGAUAAACAUGGCUAUGAAAAUACAUUUGUCAAUUUAGCAAGUGGUGCUGUUGCUGGUAUGGCUGGUCAAUCUUCUUCCUAUCCAUUAGAUAUAAUUCGAAGAAAAAUGCAAACUUCAAUUAUAACUGGAAAUUAUUACAUAAACCUUAGAAAAACAAUUUGGAUAAUUUAUAAGUCUGAAGGAAUAAUUCAAGGGUUUUUCAAGGGACUUAGUAUGAAUUGGAUUAAAGGUCCUAUAGCAACUGGAAUUAGUUUUGCAACUUAUGAUUUUGUUAGCAAUACCCUGAAAAGUGUUUAAAAAUUAACAAUAUUGAUAAUAAAAUAAUUUAUGUGCCUUAUUAUUCAUGUUACCAUCAAAUUAAUAUUAUGAUAUAAGCACUUAAGUAUGAUAUAAAUAUUAUUUUUAAUUCUUAAAAAAUACAACGGGUUUUAAUUUUUAAUUUAUAACAAUAAUUUCUAGUCCAUAUUGUAGCUAUCUUUAUUUAUAGUAGUUAUAAAUUAAUUUUGUUAAGUAAACUAU